GGCCGAGGCGGGGCCGGGCCGGGUCGGGCGUCGGGGGCCACACGUCCGUCCGCGGGUCGCCGGGGCUGCGCGCGCCAUGGAACCCGGGUGCCCGCCGCCGUGCGGCUGCUGCGAGCGAGUGGUGCUCAACGUAGCUGGGCUGCGCUUCGAGACCCGGGCGCGCACGCUGGGCCGCUUCCCGGACACGCUGCUCGGGGACCCGGUGCGCCGCAGCCGUUUCUACGACGGCGCGCGCCGCGAGUACUUCUUCGACCGGCACCGGCCCAGCUUCGACGCGGUGCUCUAUUACUACCAGUCCGGCGGGCGCCUGCGGCGGCCGGCGCACGUGCCGCUCGACGUCUUCCUGGAGGAGGUGGCCUUCUAUGGGCUGGGCGCCGCGGCGCUAGCGCGCCUGCGCGAGGAUGAGGGCUGCCCCUUGCCAUCGGAGCGCCCCCUGCCCCGCCGCGCCUUCGCGCGCCAGCUCUGGCUGCUCUUCGAGUUCCCCGAGAGCUCGCAGGCCGCGCGCGUGCUCGCCGUUGUCUCAGUGCUCGUUAUCCUCGUCUCUAUCGUCGUCUUCUGCCUCGAGACGCUGCCCGACUUCCGCGACGACCGCGACAACUCGGGGUUCGCCGCGGUGGCUGCAGCUGGCCCGUUUCCCGCUCGGCUGAACGGCUCCAGCCCAGUGCCUGGACUCCCACCUCGCUUGCCCUUCGAUGACCCGUUCUUUGUGGUGGAGACGCUGUGCAUCUGUUGGUUCUCCUUCGAGCUGCUGGUGCGCCUGGCGUCCUGCCCAAGCAAGACAGCCUUCUUCAAGAACGUGAUGAACCUCAUCGAUUUCGUGGCCAUCCUGCCUUACUUUGUGGCACUGGGUACCGAGCUGGCCCGGCAGCGGGGGGUGGGCCAGCCAGCCAUGUCACUGGCCAUCCUGCGAGUCAUCCGACUGGUACGCGUCUUCCGCAUCUUCAAGCUGUCCCGGCACUCAAAGGGCCUGCAGAUCUUGGGCCAGACCUUAAGAGCCUCCAUGCGAGAGCUGGGCCUCCUCAUCUUCUUCCUUUUCAUUGGUGUGGUCCUCUUCUCCAGCGCAGUCUACUUUGCCGAGGCCGACCGGGCAGAGUCCCAUUUCACCAGCAUCCCUGAGUCCUUCUGGUGGGCGGUGGUCACUAUGACCACAGUUGGCUAUGGAGACAUGGCGCCUGUCACUGUGGGCGGCAAGAUAGUGGGCUCUCUGUGCGCCAUUGCCGGCGUGCUGACCAUUUCCCUACCUGUGCCAGUCAUUGUCUCCAACUUCAGCUACUUUUACCACCGGGAGACAGAUGACGAAGAGGCCGGGAUGUACAGCCAUGUGGACACGCAGCCCUGUUGCCCACUGGAGGGCAAGGUCAAUGGGGGAUUUGUGGAUCGAGAGGUUCCUGAGCUCCCACCUACACUCCUCUGGCCUCCGCCUGGGAAACACAUGGUCACCGAAGUGUGAGGGACAGUUGAGGUCUGCAGAACCUCACAUUUCC